GCAAUGAACAGGAGAACGGCAUGGCCUGUACCCUGUUUACAAGCCGUUAGUUUUUUCUGCGAAGCCUUCAACGGCGCACGCGACGGAUUUCAAAACAAGUGAAGUUUAUUUUUCCAACUGUGAUAUAAGGAGCGAGAAAACAUGGGACAAACUACGACGUUUAUUUUUGCAGCCCUCUUGGUGUCACAUGUUUAUAGUGCACCUCAAUUCAUUACUUUUAAAGACGGCGCGAUUGGUGUGAAUUUCGCGGGAUAUCACGCAUCGGCAGGACUUGGCGGUAUAUUGGGUGGAGGAACUGGAGGUGGCUUAUUCGCUUCAGCAGGAACACCGUACGGUCAGUCAGCCGGUGCUGGCUUGGGAGGCGCUGUCGAUAAGUCAGGACAAACAGCUGGAGGUUUAUACGCUGGAGCAACAGCUGGUGGAAAUGUAAAAGCUCAUGCGGGUCUUGGAGGAGGAGUCACAGGAGAGAAAGCAGCUGGUAGCGGUUUCGCAGAAGCUCAAGCUGGAAACCGAUAUGCAGCAUCAGGACUGGGAGGAGAAAAAUCAGUUGAAGGGUCUUCUGGAUUCACGUUCUCAGGAUCAAAAUCCUUCGGAGUAUCAGGUGGAUUCGUUAAAGAAGCAGAAUUGGCCGCACCAGUAGUUGUUGAAACAGUCAAACCAGUAGUACAUAAGACUGUCCACAAGGAAGUAAAUCUUGAAGCAGCUAACGAAGUCAAACCAUUGCCUUUGGUACCAGUAAAAGCUGAAUUUGCUGCAGAUGUAAAUGUAAAAGCUGAAGCACCAGCUACAGUAAUUGUUAAGGAAGUGGAAUACUACCCGCCACCACCGCCUCCUCCUCCACCUGUGCAUGUCAUUGAAAAACAAAUAUACCGCGUCCGCACCAAGCCCCACCAUCACUUCCGUAAAACAGCUUUCGUCGGUGGUUAUAUAGGAGCCGGUGGUGAUGUACCCCCACCACCACCUCCACCUCCUGUAGUAGUAUAUAAGCCUGUAGUUGAGAAGAGGAUUGAUGUAGCAGCUGAAAGUGCAGUAGAUACUGGAGCUGCUGCUCACGCUGAUGUUGGUGGUGGUGGGCAAUAUACUUUAAGAAAGAGGAUAAACUUCCAAAGUAAUCCUAAUUUCUUCCGAGAUAUUUUUAAUAUCCCCAUCUCGACCUUAAACGCCGUUGGGAACUUCCUUGGGAAUGCUGCCGCCGGCACCAGCGUUUCAGUACAAAAAUCCGCAGCCGUACAUGCAGAUUCAGAAUCCUUAUCACCGAAGCAUGCUCCGUCAUCAACCUCAUCCAUAUCUUCAUCAGGUGAAACGCACGUGUCGAUACAGACUCCGACUGUGUCUAAAGUCAUUGAAGAUAUUUUCGCUAUUCCAAUUAACACACUGGGAGCAGUGAACAAAUUCCUUGAAAACAACGUUGGUACCAGAAAAACCGUAGAGAUAUCUGGAACAGAAGAUGUGGAGCCAGCGAGAGUGAGACUUGGACCUCAUGCCAGAAGGAGAGCGAACAAACGCGUCGUAGUGGUGCAGGAGAACAAUGACCAAGUUAAGGCCGAAGUGCCUCCAGCUAACAUAGCUGAACCUCAAAAAUCUUAGUGAAUUUUGGACUGAUUGUUUCUAUUCCAUUUUUUUCUAUACAAUCCGUAUAGUACAAUACAAUGUAUAUAAAUUUGGGACCUUUAUAAUUAACAAGUCUAGUUAUAAUAUCAUACUUUAAGUUUGAAUUGGGUGGCGAAUCUCUGAAGUAAUAGAAUCUGUAUUCGAAGCCAGGACAUUUUUAAUUUUGUUAACAAUUUCUUCGCCACUUGGUGACAAACACAUAAAAAAUUGUGAUAUCUGUAACCUCUUGUUAUAUCACAAAAUGUAUAAUAAUAAUAGUGCAUUAUAAAAAAGAAACAUCUUUAGUACUUAUAGUGUGUAAAAGCAUAAUAGAAUAAGACCAAGUAGGAUAACUCCAUAUAAACAUACACAUUUGCAUAAUCAUGCGAAUGCACCAAUUCUAUAAUGAAUGGCGCGUGGACAUCCGCGCUAUGCAACGCAAGUGUACAGCGAGAUUUUACGAAUGUGUGCAUCCGUAAGUCGCGCGGCAGACGUGCACAUAUACAAGCUACAUACAUACAACAGACUUUUUUUAUUUCAGUGAAGCAAUUUGCUUUUUAGCUCCGAUAU